AAAGCAGCCAUAUGUUUCCCACAAACAGCUGAUAGUCCAGAAAUAAAUUUAACUGCUGUUGUGUUGUGAAAAAAUGGUAUUUUCUCGCCUUAUACGGCCAUUACUGGCAAUUCGUGGAGCAGUUGGUCGAUCGUUGGACGAACGUGCUAAGUUAGGCUAUAUGACACAGAGUACACACUUCCGCAGUGGUGCAUUAAAACCCAAGCCACAUCAAACUCCAUUUGGCAUUGUGUUCGUUUUCUGCGCUGUUCUUCCCGGUUUGUUUCUUGGUGCUGCAAUAAGCAAGAGCGUGGCUAACUUUCUCGAAGAAAAUGACCUUUUCGUGCCAUCAGAGGAUGACGAUGACGAUGAUGACUAAGAAAAAAGCUUAAAAAAUACUCAAAACUUCUUAAUUUACCUAAUGCAAUAGCUGAGUCUUCUCUCUGUUUCUAAAUUAAGAUGGAAUAAAACAUUCGACAAAUUGGAA